GCCCGCCCUACCGGGGCGGCGCCGCCACCACCACCGCCACCGCCACCCUCUCCCGCCCCGUGGCCGCGGCCCGGUGGCGGAGCCAAACGAGAAACCGGGGAUCGAAACCGGGGGCUGGGGAAAAGCGCAUGAGCCGCGGAGGAGCUGUGAGGGGCGGUGAGGGGCGGCGGCGGCGGGCGGGGAGCUCGGCACCGGAGCUCGGCUCCGCGGCUGGCGGCUCGCCGGGGAGCCCCGCAGCCGAAGGGGCGGCCGCCGAGAGAUGGCGGAUCCCUACACCUGCAAAGGGGGAAGGAAAACAGCAGGCUCCAACAAACCCGCUGCCAGCAAGGAAAGCAGGACGGACACGAGGAUAAACCCCCCGGCGGAGCUCCCCAAGCUCGGAAAUGCAACCAGUGACAAAACCGAGGGCAAGAAGAAAGGACGACCCAAGGCGGAGAACCAGGCGCUGAAGGACAUCCCGCUCCCCCUGAUGAACCAGUGGAAGGACGAAUUCAAAGCCCACUCCAGGGUGAAAUGCCCCAACUCCGGCUGCUGGCUGGAGUUCCCCAGCAUUUACGGCUUGAAGUACCACUACCAGCGCUGCCAAGGGGGUGCGAUCUCGGAGAAGCUGACGUACUCGUGCUCGUACUGCGAAGCCGCCUUCACCUCCAAAACCCAGCUAGAAAAGCAUCGCCUCUGGAAUCACCUGGACCGGCCAGUGCCGAGCAGCAAAACAGAAAACAAAGUGCAGAAGGCCCUCGGGAAGAGCGGCGGCAAGAAAAGAGCUGCUGAGAGUUCAGCUUGCCCCACCAUCCAUCCCAAACAGGCAAAGACGGAAAAAGCCGUGGCCCAGGAGCACGCCGAGAACGGCGAGUGCCCGGCGGAGAGCCGCGAGAGCAAGGAGUUUCAGAUCGCGGCGGCCGAGGCGAUCGCGGCUGCCACCCCCACGGCCAAAUCCUCCAGCGGCAAGGACGCCGGGCAGCAGGGGGGCAGCCAGGCCUCGCUGCAGGAGGAAGACCCCGAGAGGAUGAAGCACAAGUCAGGAAGGAAACAGAAAACUCCUAAGAAGUUUACCGGGGAGCAGCCAUCCAUCUCGGGGACGUUUGGACUGAAAGGUCUUGUCAAAGCAGAGGACAAGGCAAAAGCCCAUCGAGCCAAGAAGCUGGAGGGGAGCACCAACGUGGAGGAGCUGAAAAAGAAAACUCCAGGAGCUGGUGUGAAGAAGGAAGCAGCUGCACAUCUACCAGCAGCAAAUCCCGAGGACCAGUGGCAGCGGGAGAUCAGCGAGAAGGGGGAAGUUGCCUGUCCAACCUGCAGCGUGAUAACCAGGAAAACUGUCGUUGGGCUCAAAAAGCACAUGGACGUCUGCCAGAAACUGCAGGACGCCUUGAAGUGUCAACACUGCAAAAAGCAGUUCAAGUCCAAAGCUGGGCUGAAUUACCACACCAUGGCUGAACACGUCAGCAAGCCUGUUCCUGUGGAAACCGCUGGACUUGGUGAACAGGAAGAGCGGGAAAGGCUGAGGAAAGUGCUAAAGCAGAUGGGAAAACUGAAAUGCCCCAAUGAGGGCUGCGCAGCCAACUUCUCCAGCUUGAUGGGCUACCAGUACCACCAGAAGCGCUGCGGCAAGCAGCUCGCCGAGGCCGACAAGCCCGUUUUCAGCUGCCCACACUGCGGCAAGAAGUACAAAUCCAAGGCUGGCCACGAUUACCAUGUGCGGUCAGAACACCCGGCCUCGGUGAGCCCCCCGGACACCUCCGCAGCCCGAGGAACGGGGCCAGCCCUCCCUGUAGGGGACUGCAGAGCUGCAGAGCCUGUGGGCAGGACCGAGCCGGGCAGGGCCGGGCCGGGCAAGCCUCCAGAGGAGCCAGAGGUGAAGCCAGAGCCCAGCCCCGUGGAAGAUUUUGAAAGGACCCCAAGCGGCCGCAUCCGUCGCACGUCGGCUCAGGUGGCCGUCUUCCACCUGCAGGAGAUAGCAGAGGAUGAGCUCGCCAGGGACUGGACCAAGCGGAGGAUGAAGGACGACCUGGUACCCGAAACGAAGCGGCUCAACUACACCCGGCCGGGACUUCCCAAGCUCAACCCGAGGCUGCUGGAAAACUGGAAGAACGAAGUGAAGGAGAAGGGACACAUCAACUGCCCCAACAACUGCUGCGAAGCCAUUUACUCCAGCGUCUCGGGGUUGAAAGCUCACCUGGCCAACUGCACCAAGGGGGACCACUCGGUGGGCAAGUACCGCUGCCUCCUCUGCCAGAAGGAGUUCAGCUCCGAGAGCGGGGUCAAGUACCACAUCAUCAAGGCUCACUCGGAGAACUGGUUCCGAACCGCCGCCGAGGCCAGCAGGAAAAAGAAAAGCAGGGAGCAGCUUUCAUCCAGCAAGGAGGAGAAAAAGAAAAGCACAAACGGGAAGAAAAGGGGGAGAAAACCCAAGGAGAGGCCUCCGGAAAUAUCCCCCAAAGGCAAAGAGAGCCUGGCGGCAAAGACUAAUCACAAGAAAAGCCCCGAGCACUGGGAGGGCUCCCGCUGCAGCCCCGCCGGGGACGAGCGCGUCCCCAAACCCCCGAGCCAGCACCGCAAGGGGGGGGGCAGCAAGGUGCCCGAAAAGUGAGAGCUCAGAGACUCCUCCGCGAGGAUUCACGGAUUCGUUUACAGCCCAGGGUAACAGGGUGAAGGGGGGGGUUGGGGGGGGGCGCUCCCGGUUUUCUGUCCCCCCUCUUUUCCCUUCCUAUUCCCCCUCCACCCUCCGCUCGCCCCCCUCCCUUCCCCCUUUUUACAAAAAAAAAGGAAAAAAAAUGAAAAAAAAAAGAGACGGAAAAUAGCGAUUAACCACUUUAAGCAAAUCAUGGACCUUGUUUCACACUGGAAAGCAAACAGGACCGAGCAAGCUGGACCCUUCUCACCCCCCCCGCCCAUGUACAUACCCCCCCCAAACCCCUCCAGCCCAACGGGGCCCUGCUGCCGUCCCCCCCCCCGCGUCCCCCUUCCUUCCCUUCUCACCCCCUGUGUGAAACUGGUGACGCUUGAGCGAAAGAAAAGUGCAAUAGCAGCAGGGCCCCGGUGGACGGGGUCGCUCUGCGCCCUGCCAGGGGGCUCACCCCGAGCCCCCCCUUGCCCUUGUUGAAGCCUUUUUGUGGCCGCAACCCCCCCUCGGGGGGCGACGUUCCCAAAGAUGCUGGACCCGUGGGGUGGGAAGGGACUGGGGGGGGACAGCAGGGUGCUGGGGGGGACCUGGUGGCACUUUGCCCGCAGCGGGGGGCUGCCCCAGUGGUGCCUCCAAGAGAGGGCUGUAGGGUUUUUUUUUGUCAUAUUAUAGGGAAGGAGCGGGGAGGUGGCACGGAGCACCUCGGGGGGCCCCCAUCCUGCCCCAAACGAUGGCCCCAAAAAAGGGGAGCAGCAUUUUGGGCACCCGGCUCCUCGGUGGGGCGUGCAAUGGGGACACAGGGUGAGCGUGGAGUGACAAUCACAGCUCCUGCCUUCGGGCACGGCGCCGCUUCCCUUCCCUUCCCUUCCUGGCUUUUCUUUUCGGGGCUGGGGUUUUUCCCACACCGGGCUCAUCCCAAAUCGCUCUGGCCUGGAGGAAAGGGUCCCCGGAGCCAGCGGUGUCCGUCCGCAGACACAAACCAGGCUACCUCCGUCCUCGGGACGCAGACCCCGGGGCACCCGCGGCGCUUUUCUGGUGGUGGAACAGAAAAAAAAAAACUCAUUUUGGGUUUUCCUCCGUUCUGUUCCCCCGCCUGGGGCUCGGGAAGGUGGUGACGGGGAGGGGAGCUUCUGCUUUUUUUGGGUUUUGGUCAGUGAAAAUCCCGUCCGAGGCUGGGGUGGCUUCUCUGGGAGCCGGCCCUCGUGCCCCAGCGGCUGUCCCGCAGUGAGGGAACCCUGCUGUUGCCUCGGGCUUGGAAGCAAUUAGCGAGAAAGCUUAAUUAGUCACGGCGGCUCAUCCCGUUGGCUGCUUGCGCUGCGUCCCAUCUUGGCUUUGAUGCUAUCGCCCGUGCAGAUCUCAUCUCCGCGGGGCUUGCGAGGAGCUGCAGGACCUGGGGUGCCCCAGGCUCGGUCAGGGGGGACGUGGGGAUGUGGGGACACGGUCCCAAGAGUUUUUUCUGCAUUUUAGAGGCUGCUGGGGCAGUGGUAGGAGAGGGACAGAGGGGGCAGAGCUGGGGGAACACGAGGCUGGCAGGAGCUGGCAGCUCGCGGCACCGAGCUCUGCACCGAAAUCCCCGCGUAGGUGCUUUGGGGAGGGCUCUUUGGGGGGUUUUGUGCCCCCAAAAAGGGCUGGGAAGCUGGCAGCUCCGUGCUAACGUCAGAGGGAGCUGCUGGAUCCGAAAAUCAGGGUGUUUGGGAGCCGAAUGUGGUUUCCUCUUGGGCUGUGACCGUGGGGCCGGUGCCCACCUCGAGGCAGGGCGUGCCAAAACGCGCUCGGGAGCCCAGCAAAUUUCUGCUCCUCAGAAAUCCGCCUUCCCCGAGGGAUGUGGCUGAAAUUUCUGAAUGCUGUGGCUGAAUUCAGCUCCCAAGCUGGGAGGUGGCAUCGGGAGAAGGCUCCUCCGUGUCCUGGCCCCGGCUGCGCUGGCUCCAGGUUCCCCUUGCAAUCCCCACCGCCCGCCCCAGGGAGCAUCCCGGGGCUCGCCUUCAUUAACACGCGAUUAAUUUGAUUCCCAUUGAUUAAAUCAGCACAAAGUGCUUGGCCCAAAAAGCAGCUCCCUGGUCAGAAGGAAAUUUCGAUGAGGAAUUGAACUCUUCAGGGUUGUUUUUUUUUUCCCUUUGAUUUUUUUUUCCCCCCGCUACUCAUUACUCGGUGCAGGAUUUGUUCUCCCACCGCUUUCUUCUCCAUAAAGAGCUGCAAAAAGCGUUGGUGGCCAUAACAGCCUAGGGACAGAUUUCUCCUCGAGCCUGGUUGCGCCGACGCAGCCGGCGGUGAGGACACAACCCGGCCCGGCACCGGGAGCUCCUAGAUGGGGCUCAGACCCCAAGAGAAAUGGGGCCAAAGUGGGAGGCGAGGGGCAGAGCAUCCCUGGAAGGAGCUGGGUUCAUGCAGCAGCCCCCAGCCCGCUGCGACCGAGUCCUCAAAGCCACGUGAGCGCACGCCCCUCGUGUCCUGGGUCCACCCGAGCUUUUUCCUCCCACGAGGGCAGAGAAAACCUUUUGCUUUGCUUCGCCGCGAGCAUCUUUCUUUCCUUUACCCGCUCGGGGGAGGCUCCUCGCCCCUCGCUGCCCACCUCCGAAGCAAUAACGGGAGCAGCAGCUCCUGCCUGCCCCGGGGCGCGCGGUGCCGCCGCUUUGUGCUUGGUGGGCGCCUAAAACCGAGCGGGUGGGGGGCAGCAGGGUGUGGGGGGCGAGGCUGGCUCCACGGUGAGCUAUUUUUCUGCCCUUUUAUCCCCUUUCCUGCUGGGAUUUGGAGACGUGGUUGGGCUGAAGCGGCCGGACCCGCUGCUUGGAUGCGCACGGUGUCAGCGGGGAGCUCGGGGGGUGCAGCUGCCCAAAUUCAUCUUCACGCCGCCCGCACCUGCACAUCACCCAGGAAAGGGCUAAAAACCUCCACGUGCUUGGGGACGGGAGGGCUCUGACCCAGCCCUCACAUGGAGCCGGCCCCAAAAAUGUCUCCGGUAGCUCCCAGUGCCGAAAUUUGCCGUGAAACACCGGCGAGGGCGGCUCCGCACCCGCACGCGCGCCCGGGGCUGCGGGUGCCGGGGUCCCACCGGGCACACCGAGCACCCCCCGGGGCCGGGACCGUUUUGUUCUUUUCUUUCUCUCCCCGUGCCACCCAUCCCACGGCAUAUCCGAAUGUUUCUCGUCGACGCCAGUUAUUAGUGCGUAAGUGUAUUUUGGGGAAAAAAGCGAAACGGAAAAAAAAAGAAAAAAAAAAAAAAGAAAAAAAAAAGAAUUUUCAAUUUAUCACUUGUAACCAUAUAUAUAAAUAUAUAAAUAUAUAUAUUAAAAAAAGUGUUUAUUUGCAAAAAAUAAAAUUGUUUUAACAGUAAACUAUCUUAUAAUAAACUCCCGAUUUGUGACGAUCUGUUCUUUUGUUAAUCAUGGACAAAUCCUCAGUUUGAGAGUACUGUAACGAGCAGCUAUUAACCACAGCGCCGCCGAGCACCGAGGAGGGAUAACUCGAUGUACUGUAUGUAUUAAAAGCAGCUGUAUCGAAUAAAUGUUUAUUGAUUUUUUUAUUCUUA